CAGGAGGCCGGUCACGCGCCGUGGUGCAUGCCGCCGAACGCCGGAAGUGCGUCAUCUCGGUCACAUGACAGCUGCGUAGAACGGGAGGAAGAGGGAGAGGAGAGAGCAGGAAGGAAGGAAGGAAGGAAGGAAGGAUUUGAACCCGGCCGGCAUCUCACACACGUCGACCGGCGAAUUUCCUCCAUCCACCCGACCCCAACUCGCCGCACUAUGAAGAUUUGGACCUCCGAACACGUAUUCAAUCACCCAUGGGAGACGGUGACCAAGGCUGCGAUGCAAAAGUAUCCCAACCCAAUGAAUCCCAGCGUCUUCGGGGUAGACGUUUUGGACCGGACCGUCGACAAACAGGGCCGCCUCCACAGCAAAAGGCUUCUCAGCACUGAUUGGGGUCUUCCCUCUAUUGUAAAGUCUAUCAUUGGCAACACGCGGACGUGCACAUACAUUCAAGAGCACUCUGUUGUGGAUCCGCAAGAGAAGCGUUUGGAACUUGAGUCCACAAAUCUCACGUUCACCAACUUGGUGUCUGUGGAUGAGAAGUUAACAUAUACACCCCACCCUGAGGAUUCUAAAAAAACUAUCCUGACACAAGAAGCUAUCAUCUCUGUAAAAGGAGUAAGUCUCAGCAGCUACCUGGAGGGCGUGCUCGCAAGCACCAUCUCAACCAAUGCGGGAAAGGGCCGUGAAGCCGUCGAGUGGGUGAUCCGACGGCUCAACACUGAAAUCGAGGAGCUGACAGCAACGGCACGCGGGACCAUACGCUCCCCCAUGGCCGCCGCCACCGUCACUGACAAAUGACCCCCGCUUCCUAUUUUUACACCAAAGCCUCCCCUCACCCCCGUGAUACUCUUGACACUGCCUGGUGCCUCUUAUGUGUUAUGUAUGUUAUGUAACAAUGUAGCUGCAUAGAAGCAGCAGGCUUUGGUGGAGUCUCAGGGACCGGUGGUGGGCACUCAGGGAACUGCGGACAUGGGGGGUAAAGGUGCCAAAAGCCUCUUAGGCUGGAUUUACACUGCAUGGUUCAAGUGACAAGAUUGUUUUGUUCUCAAGUGGCACAAUUGGGAUACAUGUCAUGGCAACAUAAAAAGAAAAGAAAAAAAACACAGGGGAUCAGAUAUCUUAAGAUCAGAAGCAGGACUCUUCCAAAAGCAGAUAGAAAUCUGUAUCAUAUAUGUGCCAAUGUGAGUGAGGAGGAAACGCACAGAUGGGAUAUACCACAUCAAAGCCAGCUUGUCGUCAUCAAAAUCCAACAAUUGGUGAAGGAAACCACAGCAAAAUCAUAGAUGUUUAAACAUGGUCUAAGUAUGCUACAUUUGAGGUGUGUCCAUCAGUAAAUAAGCAAAAUAAUUGCAUACAGCGGCCAGUGAAUUCAUGCAGAGGUUAUCCUCAUUUAAAUUAGUAGGAGUCAGCAUAGGCUAACUAAACGCCAUGUCUACUUCUGUGUUGUCGCUGCCAGCUGUUGACACUAGUGGAGUUGUUUCAGUGCAAUUUUGGGCAUCCGCAUCUUGUUCCAUGUUCUUCGUCAGUGUGAACACAGCCAUAUUGGAUAUGUGUCACUUGAAACUAACGUGAAAAUAGAAAAAAAUAAAAUAAAAUCGGAUAUAGGCAUGAAAUCGGCACCUGGACCAGGAGUGUCAAUCCAGCCUUAGAAAAGCACCAUAGCCAACAAUGUUGUUAUCGGGCACAUGUCAAGCAAAUGUGCCAAUUGUGGCAUGAAAACCAGUUGAGCGCACAAAGAAAUGCAUUGUCAUGGUGUUGCAAAAGCAUCCAGACAAGGAAAUGGUAGACAUGAAAGUAGUUUCCAAUAUGGGAAUGCUUGUGUACAUUGAAGCGGUUUUCUGUGUCAGAGGACACAGUAAAUGGCACAAUUUUUUUGUUGUUGUUGUUGCUGGACUUACUUCUUCAACACUCUUCUGAGACCUCAUUGGUAAAAUCCUGUACUGGGCGCCAGUAAAUAAGCUUGGAAAUGAUUAGGUGUUACUUAAUAGUCAAGUAUUUAAGUUGUAUGAGAAGGGAUCAAGUUACCUUGUGGCGAUUGUGUUUUGAUGACGUCUAGAAUGGUCUGGUAGUUAAUAUGCUUCCAUGCAUAAGCAGGCUGCUGCUUGGCAGGAGGCAUUCUCCAUUUGCACUUCCAAUUAAGGAACACUGCUACAUAUUUACGAGCAGAUGGAGCUGAACGUUCGCUUAGGUUUUCAUACUGUGACAAUGGAACAGUGUGGGAUUGUGUUCUUUUUUUUUUUUUGUUGUUGUUCAGUUUUAGUAUUUUUCUUUGAACGUAGCACAUUUAUUUGAAAUACAGACUUUUAAAUGGA